AUGUCUGAUUCUAAUAAUGAGUCCAACAAGCAAGAAAAGAAGAGGGAGUACAAUCGAAACGCCCAACGUGUCUUCCGUCAAAGGCGAAAGGAACACCUUACCAAGCUUGAGGCGGCGCAACGUGAACUCAAUAGUGUCCAGGUAGAAGAAGUGGAACGUCUUCGUCGUGAGAAUCAGGCUCUGGCUCAAGAGAAUGAAUCUCUCAAAGCCGCCUAUGGUUCACAGGCGAGUUCACCGGGUCCAUCUGUCAGCCCUGCCGAAUUGAGACCCUCACCCUCAGGCUUCCUUGCCUACGGUACUCCAUCUCAUACCUUCCUGAGCGGUAUAGGAACGGGACAUCCCUAUGUUGUCAAUCCGGUCUCUGCUGCACUACCCCCAGCCGUCUCAACACCGUUACCGCAAACGAACACGGACCCCAGCAACCUGGUGGUCGUCGUUCCCAAUAAUAUUAGCGAGAUUCGACGGUCACUCCAUCAUAUGUUUGCACCUCUCCUCGAGAUUCCUGUCAUCUCAAACCCUCAAAGUCACCUAGCCACUUUGGCGGCGCUAGAGCCUACCUUACCAAGUGCGCUAAAGCCGACACAGCUACAACUAUCUACUCCACAUCAUGCCUAUAUAGACAUGAUACCAUCACCUAUGUUAAGAGACAGACUCAUUGCCAUUGGACCUGCGAAUGCCAAUACAUUUCUCACAGAGACAUGUACGAUUGCAUGCGAGAUUGAGGAUACUGGACAGAUGACCAUCUGGGGAGAAGAUUGGCUCAACGACUUUUCAUGGGAGUUUUCUGCCAGUGUCUUGGAACGGUGGGGGGGUUGGCUUCUCACCUCUGAAUGGGGUCAGAGAGCCAAUUUCUGGCGCCGUCAAAGAGGUGUGCAAAUAUUACCGGGAUACGAUUAA